CGGAAUUACGCGAGAGUAUUGCGAAAUCUCGAUUUUAAGCUAGCAAGCAGUUUCUCUGUAGCGCUCAACGUGUAUGGUUCGAAAGAAAAGGUGGAUUUAGUUGUGGCUCCAUCCACUGCCUAAUAGGGGGGCCCGUUUAGGGAUAUUUGGGUAAACGUCGCGAUGCGAUGCAGUUUCGCGAUGAAUUUUCACUUAAAUCAAAAAUUUAUCCCAAUUGUCCAAUUCAAGUUUCUUCACCACGUGGAGCUCCUCGUGUUUCUCAAUCUACUAUUGGCGAGCGUUCCCCAUGGCGAAGCAUCGUACGAAAUGCAGGGACCAAAUUUCCUGACGGAACCUGCAUCGCGCGUGGAAUUUACUAACGUGAGUGGCGGCAGAGUGGACUGCAUCGUUAGAGGAAAUCCCGAGCCAACUGUGGAUUGGUUGGCUGCUGAUGGCGGAAGUGUGGUCACCAUUCCAGGUAUAAGGCAUGUUCUCGGGAAUGGAACCGUUCACUUUCCAGCUUUUGAGGCCGAGGCUUUUCGUCAGGAUGUACAUUGGGCAAUUUAUAAAUGUUCAGCAAUCAACAGCGUUGGUGCCGUCGUCAGCAGGGAUGUCACAGUUAGAGCAGUGGUGCACCAACGUUAUGGACCGGAAGUACAAAGUCCCGGAGGUUUCCUGGGCAACAAUGUACUUAUGCGAUGCAAUGUGCCGAGUUUUGUUCGAGAUCACGUCAGCGUUACUUCUUGGCUUCAGGAGCCAUCCUUCAACAUUUACCCAUCCACUAUAAGCGAUGGCAAGUAUCACAUGCUGCCAAGUGGAGAGCUACUGAUUAUUAAUAUUUCACGGAGUGAUGUGCAAAUGACUUAUCGAUGUAGAACGCAUAAUCGAUUGACUCAGGAAACUGUCGUCAGUAAUAAUUUUGGCCGAGUGCAAUUGACGGAAGCUCGUGGAGCAAUGCCACCAAUGUUAAGUGAUAAGUUAGUGUAUAUAUCAGCGAGAGUAGAAGAGACUAUUGUAAUUCCAUGUGUUGCCUAUGCUAAUCCUCGGCCUACAAAUCGGUGGUAUUAUAAUCGAAAUCAAAGAGAUGAACCAAUUGACGAAUCGUCGGGACAUUUUUUAGUUCGUGAUGGUUCAUUAAUUAUACAAAACGUCCAAGAAUUAGACGCUGGUUCCUACAUGUGCACUGCCAGUAAUUCGGAAGGUAGUGGAUCGAUGGAAGUAAAGUUAACAGUAUCUGCACCCUUAAGUGUUCACGUUCAACCUGCCAUUCAAACUGUAGAUCUUGGUAAACCUGCUUUCUUGACAUGUAGCGCGAGUGGAUUUCCUCAAGCUGCAUUUUAUUGGCUGAAGGAUGGUCAACCACUGCGAACUGGUGCCCGCAUAAGAAUAGUUUCACGGGAACGAAUUUCCGUGACGUCAGUUGCACGCGAAGACCGUGGAAUGUACCAGUGUUUUGUGAGAAAUGAACAUGAGAUGGCGCAGGGAAUUGCGGAAUUACGCCUGGGCGAGAUCGCGCCACAGUUGGUCUAUAGAUUCAUUGAACAGACAAUGCAACCAGGUCCAUCGGUUUCUCUGAAAUGUAGCGCAGCGGGUAAUCCUACGCCGCAAAUUUCCUGGCUCGUGGAUGGAUUUCCGCUGCCGCAAAACGACAGACUUCUCAUUGGCCAAUACGUUACUGUGUACGGAGAUGUAAUCUCCCAUGUCAACAUUUCGUCAGUGAAGCCGGAAGAUGGUGGCGAAUACGAAUGCACGGCGAGCAGUAAAGCUGGAGAGGCAAAACAUUCUGCCCGGCUGAAUAUUUACGGAUUACUGUACGUGAGAGAAAUGCCAACUAUUUCAGCGGUGGCUGGAAAGCAACUAUACAUCAAAUGCCCUGUCGCCGGGUAUCCAAUUGAAGCUAUAAUAUGGGAAAAAGAUGGAUCGAGACUACCAACAAAUAUGAGGCAGAGGGUUUUAAACGGUACAUUAACUAUCGAAACCGUUCAACAAAAUGCAGAUCUUGGAACAUACACGUGUACUGCGAGAAAUAAACACAAUUUUACUGCUUAUCGGUCAGUCGAAGUUCGAGUUUUGGUGCCACCUAAAAUCACGCCUUUCAAUUUUGCUCGCGAUUUAAACGUAGGGGAUCGUACUAGCAUACAGUGUGUUGUCGUCACCGGCGACCUACCUCUAACAUUUACAUGGCUCAAAGAUAAUGUGCCAAUUGAUGAAGUAUCGGAUACAUCCCUGACGGGGCUUGAAUCAUCAAUUGUUAUUGGUAGUAAAAAAUCGGGUCACGCUGAUCAGCCCCGUCCAAGGGAUCAGGGACAACAAUUAAAGGCGAUCAACAUCCGCCAAUAUGACGCUUUUAACAGCGCUCUGAGCAUUAGCACGAUCGCACCUGCACACAAUGGCACGUACACCUGUCGCGUGGCCAACGGUGCUGACACCGUCGCUCAUUCUGCACUCCUCCACGUCAACGUUCCACCGCGGAUUGCACCGUUUUAUUUCGAAACUGGUGUCACCCAAGGGAUGAGGACACAGCUAAUGUGUACCACGAGCCAAGGAGAUCAGCCGUUCAACAUCACAUGGCUAAUGGACAAGAAACCAAUUGAAUUGAAAGAGAAUGGUGAUGUUUCAUCGAACCAGUUAUCGACGUCUGAGGAAAACAACAAUAUUCAGAUAAGCGCCUAUCCACCAUUUUCCAGCAUCCUCACGAUUAGUAACGUCACUGCCAAGCAUAGUGGCAACUACACUUGCAGUAUUAGCAACAUUGCUGGGGUCACCGAACAUUCAGCAAGACUCUCCGUAACUGUGCCACCGCAAUGGAAAAUUGAGCCUAUCAACCAAGAUGCCAUUGUGGGUCACAGUGUUUCCAUUGCUUGUCAAGCUGAAGGAUUUCCGAUUCCAUCUGUAACUUGGAAGCAAUCUAACAGUGAGAAUCCAGGGGACUAUAGGGAACUUGGUUAUGGUGGUACCGAAGGAGCUGGAGUUGCUGCAAAUGGGUCGUUGGUGAUCCCAAGGGUAUCUCGAGAGCACAGUGGCUCUUACCUAUGCAAGGCAACCAAUGGCAUUGGUCCUGGUCUCAGCAAACUCAUUCAGCUAACAGUUCAUGCAGGACCUUCGGUGACCGUUCGAAGUAGAGAGGAAUCAGUGAGACGAGGUGAGAAAGUGACUUUACGUUGUGAAGCCGAAGGAGAUGCACCACUCGAUCUCAGUUGGCGAACUCGUGGAAGUACUGUUGGAACUACUUAUGAUGAUAGAUACACGGUGAAAAAUUCUCCCACCACACUUGGCCUCGUAUCGGAAUUACGUAUUAUUCAAGCUGGCCAUGCCGAUCGUGGUGAAUAUGUGUGUGUCGCAAGAAACGCUUACGGUCACGAUAAAGUCACUGUACAUCUACUUGUUCAAGAACCUCCGAAUUUUCCUCGAAAUUUACACGUGGCCGAACUGGGUAGUCGAGCGAUAACUUUGGAAUGGUCUACACCGUCAAGUGUCGCAGAUUCCUUGCAUCCUGAUUCUCCAAUCUCAAAAUAUGUAGUCCAAUAUAAAGAAGCUCAAGAUGUGUGGCAUGAACACAACACGCAGAAGAUGAUCGAGGGAGACAAGACGGUUGCAUUGGUAUCCCCGCUAAAACCCGCGACAACCUACCACUUUCGGGUGUUUGCGGAAAAUCAUCUCGGAACAUCAGCCCCAAGCGACAUUCUUCAUGUUCAAACACAAGGUGAAGUUCCUGGUGGGCCACCUAGACAAGUUUCCAUUAAACCAAUUAGUCCCCAGCAAAUGAAAAUCACUUGGCAACCUCCCGAUCGUUCUCUCUGGAAUGGCGAAUUACAGGGUUAUGCUAUCACUUUUACAAAUUUAGGAAGUGAUGAGCAGUUGGCGAAUGAGACACGAAUUAGAAUCACAAGUAAUGGAGACGGUUCGUACGAUUAUCGGCUAACGGGUCUACGAAAAUACACGCAAUAUAGUAUAGUGGUAAAGGCGUUCAAUAGCAAGGGCGACGGGCCAGGAUCAGAUCCAAUGAUAGCGCAAACUCUAGAGGAUGUUCCCAGUUCACCACCACAAAAUGUGGCAUGUACAGCGUUGAAUGGACAGAACAUACAGGUCACAUGGAAGCCACCACCGUCGGAUAAAGUUCAUGGAAUGGUAGUUGGCUACAAGGUUGUAUAUGAAGCAACGAAUGGAGUAAUGGAGAUAGACAUGCAGGGAUCACCGGAAACAAGAAUCACUCAGGCCUUGAGCGCCGUCCUUCACGGUCUUAAUCCUUAUACCAACUACACGGUCCAAGUUUUGGCAUCUACACGAGCUGGAGACGGAGUUAGUAGUAUACCAGUCUCAUGCACAACUGAAGAAGAUGUUCCUGGCGCGCCAGAAAGAGUAAAAGCAGUUGCUAGUGCGGAGGAUUCAAUGGUGAUAUCCUGGCUUCCUCCACGACGGCCAAACGGAGUACUCACAAAAUACACCGUUUUCAUUCGAGUGUUGGAUCAGGGCCAAGAAGUAAAGAUCAUUAAAGACUCUCUACCCGCGCACAACUUACACUAUGAUGCAACGGGACUAAAACUACGUGAAUCGUAUGAGGCAUGGGUUACUGCUUCAACAAAAGUGGGACAAGGACCCACCACACCGGUCGUCAAAUUUAAUCCAAGUGCCACAAUUUCAGCGGCAAUUAUCUCCUUUGGGGUUCCUGUGAUAGUACCAUGGAGGGUUGACGUGAACUUAGCCUGUCAUUCAGUGGGAAAUCCAAAGCCAAUUGUUGAAUGGCGAAUGGGUGAUUUGAAAUUGCAGAAACAACAACAAAGACUCGAUGUUGGAUCAGAUAACACUUUACUACUACAAAACGUUCAAAGGACUCAAGAAGGAAACUAUUCUUGCCAUGCGAGGAAUUCACUGGGAUCUGAUGAAAUCGUUUACAGUUUACACGUUCAAGUUCCACCAACGCCGCCCACUCUUCUUGCAACAGCAACGACCAACGACGCAGUUCAACUUCAAUGGAAACAAGGAGAUAAUGGAGGCUCGUCGAUUAAAGGAUUUUUAUUGGCUUAUCGAAAAGAGUUUGCUGAAUGGGAGGAGGUCAUGCUUGAUCGACGAGCGAGUACACAUUUGUUAGAGGGACUACAAUGCGGUACAAAAUAUCAAUUCACAUUGGCGGCAUUUAAUCGUAUUGGCAGUGGCGGUGCAAGUGAAAUUGAAAAUGCCCGUACAAAAGGAACAAAACCAUUACCACCAUCAAAACAACAUUUUGUUAAGGCAAAUUUAACAUCCGUUAUACUUGAAUUGGCAUCUUGGCAGGAUGGCGGUUGUCCGUUGCUAUAUUUUGUCGUUGAAUACAGACGAUACCCUGGAGAAUGGCUUUUAGUAUCAAAUAACGUUCCACCGCAAACGAGAUUUCCAAUAGUUAGUUUGGAAAGUGGAACGAGUUAUGAAUUGAGGAUAACUGCUUAUAACAAUGCGGGUUCCACGCAUGCGGAAUAUUUAUUCACAACAUUAACAUCAACUGGCAAUACAAGAAUGCAAGAGGGACCACCAAUUGAUGCUGGUGAUACGCCAUUAUAUCUUGAUGCUCAAGUUUUGGCACCCAGUGUAAUAUCAUUAUUCGCUGUUAUUCUCGCCGUUGCCGGUGUAUGCUUUUGCCUAAGAACACAUCCCGUCAGAUCUGGUUCGACGAACGAUCCAAAUGCACAAAAUCAAGCGGCCCUUGAGAAUAAACAUAAUAUGGAGCAAAGGGAGCAAUAUUAUGCGACUGUGAGAAAACCAGGUCAACAGUCACCGUGUCGUGAGGUGAGCGCAUUGGAACGAAUACCAGAAUAUUCGGAAGAUAUUUAUCCGUACGCUACUUUUCAUCUGCCCGAGCAGGAAAAUCUCUCAGCGAAUCCAAUGCGUCAGGCAUAUUUUUACGAGAGAAGUGAAACAAUGUUACAAGGCGCCCAGGUACGGUGUGAUGUCGAUCAAUAUACAAAAGUUCGUGGACGAUCACGUCGUAAAUCGAAAUCAUUUAAAUCAGAAUCAGAAGAAUAUGAUACAUUGGGUUCUGACAGCGAUACAGAAGUUGGUACAAGUAGUCGUACCGAAUCGUCAAAUCAUCUUGAAGAUUCGGGACCAGCGUCAAUAAUGGCCCGUUCGCCGGGUCCAAAUUCCGGUCAAAGGGGACGUGAGCAGCGACUAGCCCUUGUUCCCAGGCCGGUCCAUCAUAAUGUGCUGUACCACACGCACGAAUCAAGUACAUCAACAGAGCCGUCACCAAUUUCUGAGAGAAAGACUUUACCUAGACUAGAAAAGCAGAGGUAUCGAGGUGGACCUCUGGACGUAUCGAUGGAUGCAAAUCGACCGAUUAUUAAACUCACGGAAUCAGGUAUUCGUUCCUAUUCGACAAAUGCAUCACCAAGUCAUUUGAAUAAUCAUACACGAAUGUCGACGUACGAUCGACCAAAGGAUUCAAGUGAAAGAAAAUCCGUCGAGUCACUUUGUCAUUUGGAUGAUGGUGGAAAUCGAAAUUAUCAAAAAAAUUCACGUUAUCGACAUCGAGAAAAAGGCGGCGAAUGGGGCAACGAAUUGUCAACAUUGGAAUUGAAACCGCCAACUGGUUUUACCGAUGCUCAUGAAACCAGUGAGGCCGAAUGCGACAUCGACAUGAAAUUACGACUUCAUCGAAAAAGAGGUACUGGUCAAAACUGCCAACUUUCAAAAUCACCUCAGGAUUUUACCAUUACAGUCUGAGAAUUAUAAUAAUAAAUAAUAAUAGCAAAUAUCAAAAAAA